AAAGAGAUCAAUCAAGUGCAAGUCGGUACAACCAGUCACAACAAUGCUGUUGGCACUGCUAAUUCCAAAUGUACUGCUACAUCAUCGACACAGACUGACUUUCCAGAGGAGAUAAUCAGCAAUUCGCUAGGAGUUAAUGAGAAAAGUAAUCCGCAUGCUGUUUGUGAAUGUGAAACCACUCCAGCUGUACAAAUUCCUCGCACUCCACCUAGGCCAUUUCCCUCUCUGCUGAACAACAAUCCUUCCAAAAAUGAGGACCUCCUAGUUGUCUUGGAAGAGCAGACAUGUCAGGAGAAGCCUAAUGCUGCCUUAUGCCCAGUGCCAAAACCAAGAUCAAAAGCCAAUCUGAAGCCUGUUGUUAAAGAAACUCAAAAUAAUACAGAAGACAAUCAUGAAGAAACAAGCCAGUCAAGGAACUCCUCCUCAGUUCAGCUGGAAUCCCUGCUAGAUGAUAGCUUAUUGGAUAGUCAUGUGGUGAUGGUCAGUAUGGAUAUAAACAAGAGCCAAAGCAGUAUAGUAUCACGGACCAAAGCUUUGGAAACACAGGCAAAUGCAGAAACUUCAGGACUAGUAAAGCAGCCAGAAAUUCCUCCACGUCCAUUAGCCCACAAGCCUAUAUUUAGUGUAAUAAAACCUGUGGUUGCUCCAAAGCCAGGAGUGACCAGAACUUCAGGUGAGUGGGAUUCAUGGACAGAAAACAAAUUUAAGGUUUCCCAGGAAAGACACCUUCAACCUCAGGAAGCCGGGAGCAGCAUUACAACCAAGCCUGAACUGCCAAAGAAACCCAAGCCAGACACUGUAAAAAGCAGUACCAAUGGGCCACUUAAUACAGGGGGCAGAUCGACUUCAGAGAACACAGAAGGACAGAAAAAAUACCCUAUUCCUGCUCCUAGGCCUCUUGUACCCAAGAAGUCAAUCUCUUUUGAAAGUCCUGCAGCUCCUCUUAUUCCACUGCAACCACCCACUUCUGCUUCCAGACUCUCUGUAGCUGCCCAGGCAAAUGCUUCCAGGUCUCUGGGGGAGCCAACUGCAAGCAGCCUCUCAGCACCUCCACGGCAGAGCACACCAUCUAGGGAAGGAGAUCUGAUCAGUUUUGAUGAUGACGUUUCACCAGUUAACUCAGAUGGGGCUGUUCCAGAACUUGCCCAUUCAGAAUCAGAUCUUUUAAAUUUGCCCUCCAAAAAAGAACCCGCAAAAGAACAGGUAAUCCAACCAGCUAUAGUGCGGAAGCCUACUGUGAUCAGAAUCCCAUCAAAAACAGCAAAAGCUUUAAAUGAAGUUUCAGAAAGUCCUCCACCACUUCCUGCCGAGAAGCCUAUUGGGAACACAUGCAGUAUAUCAACUGAAAAGCCCAAUAAUAUCAAAGCACCAAAAAAGGAAUCUGAGUGUUCUGGUUUGACACAGUUAUCUAAGAAUGAACCUACAAUGCCCUCAAGAAGAGGCAUUCGAUUCCGUACAGCCAUCCUGUUUACACCAACUAUUGGACUAUAUGAAUUUUGGCAAAGGAUUUCGCACAGGCCUGUUGAGGGGAAAAACAUACCAGCUCGACCUCCUCCCCCUAAGGGUGCCCCAGGAAGGCCACCACCACCAAAGAACACUAAGACUAAGCCCUCAUCAAGAACGGACAAUUUUUGUCGCUCAUCAUCUGACACAAUCCUCCACAAAAAACACAGCAUGUUUGGAUUAGGAGUUAAGAGGGCAAAGAGUCAGAUCAAUAAAAAUCAAGAUCCAGCAUUACCUCCUCGGCCUAAACCAGGUCAUCCUCUCUACAGUAAAUAUAUGCUUCCUGUGCCCCAUGGAAUUGCCAAGGAAGAUAUUUCUCCUAAAAAUACUGGAGGCCUUUCCUGCAAGCGCGGUGAUGUCCUUGUCCUUGUGGACCAUAUUGACAGCAAUUACAUUGAAUGCCAAAGGGGAGAAGAAACUGGCAAAGUGAGAUUAUCCCAGGUGGAGAUAAUAACACCAAUAGAUGAGAGUUCAAGGAACAGAGAGAAAGAUUCAGACAAUACGCAGACGAUCUCUGACACAAGUGUUCCUCAUGCUGUAGUCCUGCAUGAUUUUCUAGCAGAAGAUCCUGAUGAUUUGGGCCUAAAUUCUGGAGAGACUGUUUAUCUUCUGAAGAAAAUAGAUGAUGAGUGGUACAGAGGAAAAUGCAAAAAUCGCACAGGGAUCUUUCCUGCCAGCUUUGUCAAAGUUAUUGUUGAUAUUCCUGGAGAAAGCAACAGGAAAAAAGUACCGUCUUCAUCACCAAGUGUUACAGGCCCUAGAUGUGUAUCUCGAUUUGAAUACAUUGGAGACAAAAAUGACGAAUUAAGCUUUUCAGAAGGUGAAAUUAUUAUUUUAAAGGAAUAUGUCAAUGAAGAAUGGGCCAAAGGAGAGCUGAGAGGUGCUUCUGGAAUUUUCCCCUUGAACUUCGUUGAAGUUAUUGAAGAUCUUCCAGCACCAGAUGGUGGAGCAUCACUGAAGAAUGAGAAAGGGAAUUGUGCUUCAUUGACACAGUUGGAACAGCAUUCCGGAAAGUGGUGUGAUGCGCUCUAUGAUUUCACAGCAGAAACCAAUGAAGACUUAUCCUUUAAAAGGGGAGAUCACAUCUUGAUACUGGAGCGCGUGGACUCAGAAUGGUACAAAGGGAGACUAAAUGGGAAAGAAGGAAUUUUUCCUGCCAAUUUUGUACAUGUUUGCGCAGAAGGACCAAAACCUGCACCUUGGAAGAGAAGAUGCCAGGCCCUGCAUGACUUCCAAGCAGAGAAUGUAGAUGAACUCUCCUUCAAAGCUGGUGAUAUGAUUACCGACCUAGAAUCUGUAGGUGAAGACUGGAUGAGUGGAGAAUUACAUGGAAAGUCUGGAAUAUUCCCUAAAAACUUUGUUCAGAUUUUACAAUAAUUCUGAAGCUGAAAUCCAAUUCUUAGGAGGCUGGCUAUACAAGUGAACAGUUUUCCAACUCAAAAGACCAUGAUAGUUCAGACUGCAGAGUCUGACAUCUGUGAUCACUAGGUCUAAUCUUUGACUAUCAAAUGUAUUUUUGCACUAUUUUUAUAAACAUAUACAAGAUUAUACAAAAUCUGUUUCUAAUUAACUUGUUAGAAGCCCCACUUAUGUAUUGUACCAGAUUCUGCUACUUGGAACGAUAAAGUAGGUCAUCCAAGUUUUUCUAAAAUACAGUGAGUAGUCAAAUGCAGCUCUCAUUCAUCUCUUCAUUCCCAAUGUGAAUAUGUAGCUGCACUCAACUGUGAGGCAGACUAAUUGUGCUUGAAAUAAUGCCUAAGUGGGUUUAAGGCAUUAUUUUUAGUUUCCUGAAAGAGCAGGAUUCCCUUGCCAGAGAUCCAGUCCACAUAGGCAAGAGCAGGUGACAGAACAGACAGCACUACUUUAAACUGCACAUGCAGGAUCAUUUCCUUCCCUGCUUUGCCCCUUUGAAAUCAGUGCAGCAAGCAAAAGCAAGAGAAAGGAACAUUUAAAACUGAAAUCUACCACCCGGAGUCCAUCCUACUACCUCAUUUUACUGCAUGUAUGUGCUAGGCCUCAGUUGUAUAUUAAUCUUUUUCAACAAACUCCUGAAGAAGUUGUAUAUUAAUCUUUUUCAACAAACUCACAGCUUCCCAGAUAACCAAUUCAGUUACCUAACAAUUGUUACAGAAGUUCUGCAGUGUCUGUUCAUCUAACUUUUUAUCAAGCUGUUGAAGGAUACAUAGCAUUAGAAUUUCAUGAAAACCUCAGACAUUUGUUAUGAGAAUGGGAAGACGCAAUCAACACCAUUUAUCAUUAUGGUAUGAACUGAACACAAUUGCAAUUUGUAUUGUAGUAUCUGUUUGCCUCACUUUCUCUAAACAGAUUUUAUUUCUUUGGGUCUCUCAAAUUCAAGAGUUUAACUUACAAAGACCAGGAACUAUCACUACUACUGGGGAAAGUUCUGAAUGUAAAUUGACCUUCUGCAGCAUUCAGUUCCAAUGUGGGAGCUGGUUUUAUAAGAAGUCUUUAGUUCUGUUUUUUUUUAACAAAUCUGAUUUGAGCAUAGAUAAAACCAUAUCAGAGCAUUAAUUAUAAAAAGGUUUCUAAUCUAAAUACCAGAGACUAAGAUGCAAUAAUGCUAAUAUGUAGCUAGCCACAUGCUACUUCCCUUAAGCUGGCAAUAUAAUCGUUAGUGCACAGAUAAAGCAGUACGUCCAUGCAAUAGUAACUCUGCUUUGAACAAGGUGAAAAACUUUUUAAAAUUUGCCUCACUACUUAUAAGAUUCAUAAAGGGAACCCUGUUGUAUCAGACCCAGCAUCCUGUUUCCCAGGAUAAAAACCCUAAUGUUGUGCCCAGUGUCUCCUGCUAAACAUGGAGAUAACUGUUCCUUUUACUCAGAAAUGCCAAUAACUGUCUGCAAAAUCAGCAGCAACUCUUUUUUUUGGGGCUAAAGUACAGAUCCAAACUUCUUAGGAAGAACUGCCCAGUUGCUACUAUUUAUAGCCACUUCACUUUCUUCAAAAUCGGCUUGGUUUAAAAAAACAACAGAUAUGGGCCAAAACUACAGUUCAGUAUCUUUCCAAUAACGGGCAGUAUAGAAACAGACCUUUUCUCCUAAAGAGAUAAGCAGAUGACAAAAUAGUAGAGAUCAUAGUAUCUUCCAUCCAGCUGAGCCAUAUGCAAAUCACAGGAAAGUAUCUGAACAGAACUCAAAGUAAUCCUGGAGAUACAGGACAACGAAGCACUUUAUUGCACAUAACACUAACACCUAUUUUAGGUACUCUGUCUCGCUACUGGUUGAAUCCAGUGCAGAAUUUCCACCUGUAGCAGAGCUCCCGCACAAGUUAAGUGUCAGACACCACUGACAUCACAUGCACUAGAUCAAGCUUACUGUAUCUCCACUUGCACACUUCUGUUUGUGCAAGAUCUUGCGCAACUGAUUUAUGAAUAGAUGAGGAAAGUGCUAGGUGCUACACAAGAUCUUGCACAUGUAGAACUCGUUCUUUUAUUUCUGCUUGCCCAUCACUGGAUUCAAGCCUAUGUUUUGAUAUAAGCCUAACAGGACUGAGCUGCAUCACCAAAAACAAGACAGGAAAUACACUGACCUGUCUACCAGCAAGAAACACUUCUUUCUGGACACUUGGGUCUUCAUGAAAAUGUUACUGAUCAGUGCCUUUGUAUACAUACUUGCCCACUUGUUUUUUUGUCUGUGUAUGAAGGCCAAUAUGUUAUAGUGCAAAAUGUGCAUGGGCUGAAGUUUGGGAUUACUCUCUGCAGAAAUGUAAAGGCUCUGCAGCGGUUUCCAGCCUCGUCCUUCAGCUUUCAGAUGUGCAAGAUGCUUUUGUACUUUGUAUAAUUUUCUGUGGCCUUAACAGAGGCUUUAAGUAGCCCCUGCAACAGCUACCAGCUUGCACUACAAAAAAUGUUGGUUGCUGAAUCACAGCCUUAAGAUUUUUCCUGUUUUCUAUACACCAACACAUACUUUUGUCUGCAUUUUGAAAAAGGUAUUGGCACACGUUACGAAAGUUCAGCUAUUCCAAGCAGUGCAAUGUUUACGUAUUUGUUGACUGUAUUUCUCUAAUGUGUUCAUAAAAGUACGUUGAGCAAGUAGUGAUUUAGACAUUUACAGGCAGUGGGGAAUUAUUGUUUAGCCUUGUUAAUGAAUAAGCAUUAAUUAGUAUUGUAAGUUAGACAAUAUGGAUAAAUAUUACAUCCAUUAGCAUUUCAUACAUUUAAAUAAGCAUCUGGUUGAGCAACCCAAAUAUUCUCAGAUGUGUACACCAGGACUGACAGAUGCAGUAACUUCGCUCCAACAGUGCCAUCUAAAGGACUCUUAAUGCAGUUGUAUUAAAUGUGGGCUAAACUUGAAAAGACUCAGUAUUUAAAUGCAUUUAACUAGUUGACGCAGGGCUUUGAAUAUAAAGAUAAUUCUAUUAGCAUAUUCCUCUAAAUUUAUAAAUUAUCAUUAUGAAAUCUUGAAUAGAGUGUUUUAAUGACAGAAACGUUAUGUUCCAUGCAGUAGCUUAGAUCCAGAAAACUAUUACUUUUCCACCUUGCUAUGAGAGGGGGAAAAUACUGCAAGAUGCGUAAGGAAAUGGAAAAACCUGGCAGAGGUUGGAGGGAGGGUGCUAAGGGAGAGAAAAUGCAGCUCCAUUUCCCUUAUCAAAUCAUGCGAGUUCACCAAAAGUAUCCCCUCCCCCAUGGUGUUUCAGGAGCUACAGCAGGGACGUGGUGGUGAAAAAUCUGACACAUUAUCAUAUUUACUUUUCUGAACCCGGUUUUUUUACUUAUAGAAUAAUCUGCCCAUCAAUGAGAAAUUUGUGCAACUAUUUUGCUUUUCUAGAAAUUAUAAUUUUACACUGUUCUACAAUACCAGUAAGUUUGUAUUUAACCA